UCGUGCGCAGUGCAGCUCCCCGCCUGGGAUCCAGCUGCAGGUAGGCAAUGUGACAGAGGAGCAUUGGGGACCAGUGACACUGUGCGGAGGUUCCUGAAAGCGAACCAUGUAUCUCAACUCAGAACAAGUAAACCUGGUGGGUCAGGUGUUUGAAUCAUAUGUGCAGGAGCAUCAUCAGAAACAACUUGAACAGAUACUAGCAGAAAAUGACAAGGAUGCACAUUACUCCCUGAUUGUGAAUGCCAUGACCCUUUUUGAAGCCAAUAUGGAAAUCGGAGAGUAUUUUAAUGCUUUUCCCAAUGAAGUUCUUCUUGUUUUCGACAAUGCUCUGCGCAGAGCAGCCAUGAGCUUCCUACAGUCCUCUUCACAACAAGGGAAAUUUACCAUUAAGCAGAAUUUACAUGCUCGGAUAACUGGUUUACCUGUUUGCCCAGAGUUAACAAGAGAGCACAUCCCUAGGACCAAAGACGUGGGGCAUUUCCUUUCUGUUACGGGCACAGUGAUUCGAACAAGUCUGGCGAAAGUUCUAGAGUAUGAGCAGGACUUUAUGUGUAACAAAUGUAAACAUGUUAUUACAGUCAAAGCUGACUUUGAACAAUAUUACACAUUUUCACCCCCUGCUGCGUGCACAAAUGAAGAAGAAGGCUGCAACUCUUGUAAAUUCACCUGCCUCUCAGAUAUAUCCUCCCCAGCCAGCUGCAGAGACUACCAGGAGAUCAAAAUUCAGGAACAGGUUCAGAGAUUGUCAGUUGGGAGCAUCCCCCGAUCAAUGACUGUGGUUUUGGAAGAUGACCUGGUAGACAGCUGUAAGUCCGGUGAUGAUGUAACAGUGUAUGGCGUGGUUAUGCAGCGAUGGAAACCUCUUGUUGUGGAUUCAAGAUGUGAUUUGGAAAUAGUCCUGAAGGCCAAUUAUAUUGCAGUUAAUAAUGAGCAACCUUGUGGUGUGGUCAUAAAUGAAGAGGUCCGCAAGGAGUAUGAUGAGUUCUGGGAGACAUUUAAAAAUAAUCCUUUAGCAGGAAGAAAUGAGAUUUUGGCUAGUCUGUGCCCUCAAGUUUUUGGCAUGUUUGUGGUGAAGCUAGCUGUGAGCAUGGUAUUGGCUGGUGGUGUACAGAGGAUUGAUCCGGCAGGCACCAAAGUAAGAGGAGAAUCUCAUCUUUUACUAGUGGGAGAUCCUGGUACGGGAAAAUCUCAGUUUCUGAAGUAUGCGGUUAAGAUCACUCCAAGAUCAGUGCUUACUGCAGGCAUUGGAUCCACCAGUGCAGGUCUGACAGUAACUGCAGUAAGAGACUCUGGAGAGUGGAAUUUAGAGGCUGGGGCUCUUGUGCUGGCAGACGGAGGCUUGUGCUGCAUCGACGAGUUCAACAGCAUCAAAGAGCAUGACAGGACAAGUAUCCAUGAAGCCAUGGAGCAACAAACGAUCAGUGUGGCCAAGGCUGGACUGGUAUGUAAACUUAAUACAAGGACUACAAUCUUAGCUGCCACCAACCCCAAAGGACAGUAUGACCCAGAGGAAUCUAUAGCUGUUAAUGUGGCUCUUGCUAGUCCUCUCCUUAGUAGAUUUGAUUUAGUUCUGGUAUUAUUGGACACUAAAAAUGAAGACUGGGACCACAUUAUUUCUUCCUUUAUUCUGGAAAACAAAGGCUGCUCUCGCAAAUCUGAUAAGCUCUGGAGCAUGGAAAAAAUGAAAACGUAUUUCUGUCUUAUAAAGAGUCUGCAACCCAAGAUGUCUGAUGGUGCCAAUGCAAUCCUAGUGCGUUAUUACCAGCUGCAAAGACAAAGUGACUCACGGAAUGCUGCAAGGACCACCAUCCGUCUCCUAGAGAGUUUGAUACGUCUUGCAGAAGCUCAUGCUCGAUUGAUGUACAGGGAUAUUGUGACUGUGGAAGAUGCCAUAACGGUUGUAUCAGUCAUGGAGUCCUCGAUGCAGGGUGGAGCAUUACUUGGAGGGGUUAAUGCUCUGCACACAUCAUUUCCAGACAACCCACGUGAGCAAUAUCAGAUUCAGUGUGAACUUCUCUUGGAAAGACUUGGUCUUCAAAACUUGUUAAGUGAAGAGCUACAAAGGCUGAUUAGGCAGGAAAAUGAAGAUUCUUGUGAGUGUCAACCUUCAGAGACUGCGGGCAACUCCUUUGAUGAUAAAGGAUCACACAAUGAUGCACAACCUGGAACGUCAGGACACAACUCUACCUCAGACAUAACAAGCCAGGCAAUCCCUAGAGAAUGUUCAGUUUUUCAAACUCCUGGGAAGCCUGCAAGCAGUGAGCAAACAUUCAGGAAUGAUGCAAGACCCUUACUUAAGCAAGUCACACAAAAUAAAAAUAGGACAGAAGCUUCUUGUAAGCCUCGCAGUGUACAGGCAUCAAUUAUUAGUCCUUCAGAUGAGAAUAUGAAACAAUACAAGGAUAAUAGUUUAGGAUGGUUUGAUACCCUUCAGGAUGAGCAACAGAGCAUUCUAGUAUCACCUAUUGCUAAAGUUGCAGAAGACCACACUGCUGUAAAACCUCAUGCCCUUGUCCAGCCUGAACUGACAGGGAUCAAGCAUAGAACUCUCCUUUUAGAAGUGGCUGGUAAAUGUGGAACUGAAAAACUAGAACGUGUACCAACUGGAGAAAGAUCAUGUGGAGAAACUGCUCACACUUUGCCAGAUGAAUUAGUGACAGAGUUUGUUUCUAAGAAGUGGAAAAAACGUAAUACAGAUUUACUCACUAAGGAAAAUACAACUCCUUUAAAAGACACCACUAGUCGUCCAGAGGAAAUAUGUUCUUCAACCUCUGGCCCAAUGCACAGUACUCCUGCUACUUCCAGGAGAAGAAAGAAAAAUCUUUGUGAAAAAGAACAGAAAGAAGACUGUACAGAUGUGGUGGACUCUGAAUCGAUCGCUCGAAUUGCUCAGUUAGCCAAGUUUUCAUUUAAACAAAGGUCAAAACUCGUGCUUUCUCCUGAGGUAGAAUGUGAACCAAGCAAUGUUUUAAUGCUCAUAAAUAAAGACAAAAUAAAUAAAGAUGUAAACAGAUCCUUGGGCAUGGAAAAUGUUCGGCCUCAGCAAAAAGAUAUUCCUGCAUCUAAGCUCCGAAUGUUAUGUGAAAAUCCGGGCAAUGAGUUUAACAAAAGUACUGCUCUAAAUGGCACCAUGAAAAGUCCAUUAACAGAGAUUGUAUCAGCCACCACCAGGCCAACAUUACCACCCCUUAAAAAUACAUCUUUUAGUGACAUAAUAUCACCUUCUGAGAGUAAGUUUGAGGAGAGGAAGCAGAAUGAUGGCUCCGACUGCAGAAAGGUCUCCUCUAGUACUCUUGCGAAGUUGGCAAAAUUUUCCUUUUCCCCACCACUUGACAAUAAUACUACAGCGCACCCCAGUGUUGCCAGUAACAGAGAAGCUCAAGUGUUGCCUUGUAUGACAGGUCCUGCUCACAAGAGGAAAUGUUUUGAGCUAGAGCCUCUGACUAGCAAAACUCUAGUAACAAGCAAGUCUCUCUUUACUUCUACAGACCUGGAUGAUGAAACAUUAGACUUUGAUUGGGAAUUUGAAAUAAAAGGAAAUAAAACUCUUCAACCUUGACCGCAAUAACUAUAUCCAGUUGCUUUACUUACAGAUGCAGAUGUAGAGAACUGAACAAUGAAAAAGGCAUAAAAAAGGGGCCAAACAUUAUUGAAUAUAAUACUUUGUCACAAACACACAGAUCUUUUUCCUGGGCAAAAUGCUCUGCAUAUUGGCAUAAGUAGCACGCUACAUAAACGUGUGUAAUUUUUACACUGUCUAUUUGCAGAACAUAGUUUUGCAUUGACAGACACAAAUCCUUUCACUGGGUAAUAUGCCCGUUAUAUUGACACAUACACAUGUUUAUUCAGUAAAGUGAGAAUUAAAAGUGAAGUUCAAAUUUAAGGUCAAAGUAGCCGAAAUGGAAAAAAAGUUGGUUAUGCUUUCAGUUCGGUUAGUCUGGCCUUUGAUUUGAAAUUCACUUUCAGUUCACUUUGAAUUCUCACUUCAGUAAAUAACCCUAAGAGCUCCUUACAUAAAAGCAAGCUGUGUCAGUAUGCAGAGCAUAUUUACAGAACAUUGUUCUGCAGUGACAGACACUGCUCCUUUUACUGGGUAAAAAUGCUCUGCACGUUGAGCUCACAAGCCCCCAGACAACAUUAGACUGGCACUGCUUGUGUGCAAAAUAUCUUGGUUUACUGAUAGUUGCGGGAACUUCCUUAGCAAGUUCCUGCUGCUUUGGUGAGACCGACUAGUCAGUCUAUCAUGAUCGACUAAACAGCCACCCCAGAUCUAAACUAUUGCACAACACAGGCUGCAAUAACUUGUGUCCAUUGUACAGCAGGUGGCAGUGCUGGCUUUGUCCAGUUCUCUUCAGUUUUCUGCUGUCUGAGUGGCUUCCCAUACAGUUCACCAGACCUUACUAUACAUAGAUGUAUGUAUAUGAGUGUACAUAUAGAAUGUUUGAUGCUCAUUAGAUAAUUCAUGACUGGUAUUCAUAAGUGAAUAAGUACCAGGCUAGGCCAAAUGAGCCAAGGGUGACCGAAUUGGAGAAUAAUUUGUUUUUAUAUACCGUGGCUUAAUAAGGCGAACAAAAGUUAUAUUUAAACUAGGAUGGUGUUACCAGGUCGUACACAUCAGACUUUACCAUGUCUUGCUCUACUGACUGGGAUCUUUAUUUGAUUGACCAUGUCAUUUUUUAUAAAAUUCAUGUCGUGCACUGCAAAUAAUUGCCAUCUUAUUUAAAUACAAAUCGAGCUACAUGCAUUAUACAACAAAAUUUGAGCAAAGGCAAAUGUAUGCAAGGAGAAGUUCUAGAUUAUGAUAAAACCAUAUUCUCAAAUAUUUAAUUUGUGCUGCUGUAUGCAAAUUUAACGAUUUAUAUGUAUCCAUGCACUGUACUGUACUUCAAUAAAAAGUGAGGUAUUUUUUAUUUGUAUAAAUAUGUAUGAUAUUUUAGUACAUGGAAAUUCUGCUAUAUAUUAUGGUUUGUGUGUAAGGUUAAUAGGCUGUAUUAUGCAUGGAGAGUUGCAGGGUGUUACUUUGGAGAUUGGGAACUAUUUGCAGUGUAUAUGAGAGUGAGCUCAGAAUACACAAGAGAUACAUGCCAAGCGGGUGUUGGCAAAGAGCCUUCUUAACCUUUUCUCGCAGCUUUGACCUGUGUGGAAAAAACUUACCACUGUGAAACUGAUAUCAUGCUGCUUGCUAGAGUCUAAAAUGCAACUUCAACAGCCAGAGCCAAUCUCCCAGUAAUGGGUUUUAAGUCAAAUCAGCAUCUGGAAUGUUAUCUAUUAGAAUCCAACACAUUCUUUAAAUGAGCAUUUAUAGCAAAAUGGGCUCUUUCAAGUGAGAUUGAACUUUAAAUUGUUUUUCCAAAUAUCACGAAAUCUAAAACAACAUUUAUAUGUAUGAUUGGUUUUGUAAAUGCUUAGCAAAAGGUAGUAGGCACUUUUUU